AUGAUAGAUCCAAUAGAUGGCAAUUUGUUUGAUCUUCCUGAUUAUGAACAAAUCCAGGAUGAGACGUUUCUACCUCUACCACCUCCAGACUCUCCAGGAGGAGAUGUUGAAGGCAACUUAGUGAAUGGAGGUGACUGUUCACUUGAACUAAAUGCUCACAUUUUGAACCCUGAUAGCACAGUCUAUGCACGUUUAUUUGGAUGUAAAUCCCACUGUGUUCAGGGUUUUACUCUGAGGUAAGUGUGCAUAGCGUUGUGCCCUGAAUCCAUGAAACUACAUUUGCUUCUAAUACUAGACUUUAUGAGGAGAACUUAUUUUAUGCACAUAGUAGGUUUUUUAAAAAACAACAAUAACCCCUAUUUAAAUUCUAUCUGGUGUUUUUGUCUUUUUUUCAAAAAGACUGAUUGAAAGUUACUUUGCACACUUAUUCCUUAAGGUGGUUUAGCUUUGACACAACAAGCUGUAAUAUGUAGCAUGUGGACUAUAGCCUCAGGGUUCUCCCUAGGCCAUGCCCCCUCUCCCAAAGUCAUGCCCCUUGCCUGCUUUGCUCCAAAGUACUCAUUGGGUGCUUUUACCUCUCUGGAAUGUGCCCUUGAACUGUAACAGCCACUUAUUUGCCAGGAUGGGGUCUGGCAUGGCAGGAAUGUAACCCACCAUUCAAAGGUAAGACUCCUAACUUGCCCCUCCCAAUUUGUGUUUUGGAUUUGCCACUACUGUCAUGUAUCCCUGGAGGUUUGCCCAUGAGGGAAUGUGGCCUUGAGGCUGAAGGUUUCCUAUCCCUGUUUAGCAGCAGGGGGAUAAGACACCAAAUUUAAGACACCGUUGCAUGAAUAAAUACCUUUCCUGGAAUAUGCCUGUGUGACUGUUACAGCAUUCAUAUAUGGCAUAUAAAAAUAUAUGGGAAUGUUUAUUACUAUGGAUGUUUCACUCAGGAAAUCUAAUCACAUUCUCAGUUUUAGCAUAUGUUGUUUUUCAUUUUUCAGAAUCAGAAGAAAACAAAUUGUCACAAGCCAAGGAUUCUUCUAGGACUACAAGGCGAUCUGUUAAAAGGCCAGUGCCUAAACUAGAUGCUGACAGGUAUUUAGAAAAAAUUUCCUAACCCUCUGUAUGCCUCUAUUUACUCUGUUGCAUAUUAUUGCUCUUAAUCCUUUUAAUUGAUGCCAAACUUCUAGAAUUUGGAUCUUUGAGAUGCAUCCCAAUAUACAUAAGAGUUUUUACCUUUUGUUGACCUGUAUGGUGUUCUCCUAUGGUUACUAAAGUGGAACUUUGGUUGCUGAGUCCCACCAUCCAUUGCUAUUGUCCUUAGAGAUCCUCUUUCGCACAGAGGUCCAGUUGGCUAGAACAUGGGACAGUGUCCUUUCAGUUACAGUGUCCAGGUCAUGGAACUCUAUUUUCAGGACCCCAGGGUGGGUUCCAACCAUAAAUACAUAGUCCCUUCUUUACUGGCACUUCAACAUGCUGCCAAAACCUUUUUUUCCCACCGUAGCUUUGGUUUGGUUUGGUUUCCCAUUGUCUCUUCAGUGACUUUAGUAUCUGGCUUCUGGCAUUUAGCCCCAAUUUUAGGAAAUUUAUAGUAUGUUAAUCAUGUGAGCCAUCUUAUGAUGACUGUUGUGAGGGGCCCAAAGGCAGGACAUAUGAAUAUUUAAAUAAAUGAAUAAAUUGGUGAUUUUGUAGAUCAGCCUAGGCAAUGGGUUGUGCUAUACCUUUGCCAUUGUUGUGUUGCAGUGUCACAUCAUUUGCUUGGCAGUGAGUGAGGAGAAUAAAAUGGAACUGAGCAGAAAACAUUUGGAGACUUGCUUAGUCAAGGGCCCUCUUCCCAACACAGUACUCAAAUGGGUGUCAAAACCCAUCCAAAUAAUGGCUUGGCAACUCUAUUUGUAAAUGGUUUGUUUUAAGGAGGUUUAAUUCAGUUUUGUUGGCUUAAGAAAUAUGUAUAUACUAUUGUAUAUAUGUGUGUUUGUGUAGGUAUAUGUAUAUAUGUAUUGUAGAUUCUGCUGGAACAAAUCGUCUAUGGCAUGGAUAGCCAAUAUCAUGUCCUCCAGACUACAGCUCCCAUCACCCCUGACUAUUGGCCGUACUGACUCGAGAUGAAGGGAAUUGUAGUACAAGAACACUAUGUUGGCUAUCCCUGGAGAGUUUGAUAGCAUUUUGAUACCUCUUCAGAACUGGAAACAUUUUCUUACAUGGAAAUUAUGUGCAUCAUCAAAACCCAUAACAGACUGUAUACCAUGCCUCUUGUACACAUUGGCAUCGUAUUUCAGAGUUUUGGGUGGAAUACCUGUUAUUGAAAAAGAAAAUUUCAAGUAACUGGAGACACUUCUAACAUUCACAGGUUAGUUUCAGAGCGAGGACUUCCAGCUUUGCGGAAUAUGUUUGAUAAUGUAAAAUUCAAAGGUAAAGGUUAUGAGGUAAGCAAUGCUGAGAAGUCUUCUCUUGAUUUUUGUGGCCAUUGCAUGCAUAUUAUGUGUUCUGGGAUAUAAGCUGUGUGGAACAUACGAACAUGAAGUUUUUCAGCAAAGGAUUAGAUUAAACGUAGGGAUUCUAAUACUAACAUGUUUAGUUUUGUUGAUCAGUUGUGAAUUACCACUCUGUCAUGGUGAUGAUGGCACAAAAUUGACUAUUUUGGGUAAUUUACAUUUAACAUUAGCCUUCCUUAAUAGUAUAAGGGAAGCCAAAGCAAGGAGAAAGAUUUGCCUCAUUGCUGAAAAGUGUAGGCUCACUUAACUAAUACAUUCAUCAAAACAUACCCUUUCCAGACAAGAUACUAUUUUACAAUAUCUUAAAAGACUGGAGGGGAGAAGCAAUGCAAGUACAAUUAAAAACCAGUAGGAAUAUUUAAAGUGAUGGAUAUGCCAUCUCCAGUCUUCAACCACAAAUCCACACCUGAAUGGACCAUCUCAGUUGGUGGAGCUCCUGUUCUUAAACCUCUGGAGACACAAGACUGAGGAACAGUGGUCUACACUGGCUCGCAGUGGCUCUCCAGGAUUUUAGACAGGGUCUAAAAACAGUCCCUGCCUUAACCUGGAGAUGUAGGUGUUUGCGUGCAGAACAAAUGCUCUAUAACUGAGCCACAGCAACUCCCCAAGCGUCUUCAAGAAAGGGCCUUUAAUCUGUUGUGGGGUUUUUUAGCUAAUAACAGUUACGUUUGUCAGUUGGAUACACUUUUGCACCCCAAAUGUACAACUUCAGUAUUUAAGGCUUUGUAAAAUAAAUCUUCAAAUACUUUCUCAAUGUGAGCAUGCCCAAUGUUUAAACUGUAUCUUGUUCUUUAUGUUCAGGAAGCAGACCUGAAGGCACUUGUGAGGCAUAUGGAGCACUGGGCUCACAGGCUAUUCCCUAAACUUCCAUUUGAGGAUUUUGUUGACAAAGUAGAGAGUUUAGGAGGUAAACAACCAGUCCAGGUGAGUGUCAACCGAUCUGAGUAAAAGUAAUGCUUAACUGAAAGCAACAAAUACAACUCGGAUCUGUAACAUAUGGCACAUUUUCUCAUUCUAGGCAUGCUUGAAGCGAAUUAGACUUGACCUGCCCAUGUUGCAUGAAGAAUUCACAAGUAAUGAAGGCAUGUAUGCAUUGAAAAUGUUAGCACUGCAUCCUUUUCUCUUUUGAUGGUCAGACAUUUAGGUGCUACUGAGAACUGACAGCAAAAUUGAUGUCCCUUAGGACUGAGCUGACAAGUCUUGCAUGGUCUCAUUUUAAAAACUUGAAUCCAUGUGUCUGCUGCUAAAAUGACAAUGCCAUAGUGCAUCGCAGGAAGUCUUUAACAGUUGAGGGAUAACUUGUUGGUAUUGAGUGCUCCUGAACUUGCAUUUUUGCUUAAAGACGUAAGAAGUCCCUUUCUAGAUCUAAAGAGCUACCUAAUCAAGCACUCUGUGCAGCAGAUUCCAGUAGCAGGUCCUAGAUGCACUGGAAAUUAGCUAGAGAACUACUAUGUACUUUCAGCCCCUCCCUAGAACAAUGUAUUUAAUGUCCGUUCCAUAAGUUUGUGUAUUUGUUGGGAUCCAUCUGCAGUCCAAACACUGGAUUGCACAUUGUGCUUAGGACACAAUAAGUUCUGUUUCCAGAAUACAGGAUUUAAUCUGAACAGUCUCCUUAAGUGGUGUGCAUUUUGCUAAGCCCUUUGAUUAUACAUUAAUUGUAAACUUUUGUGGUGUCUUGGGAAGCUUGGACUCAUAGAGAGAGGAGCUAGGUAGAAAUUUUGGCAAUUGCUGCAACAGUGCUGAAGUUUAAUGACAAUCUUUCCUAAAAGAUUAGCAGAAAGGUCACUACUGCCACUGACUUGACUUUAAAAGUGUAAAGCAAUUAAUAUGCUGUUUUGUUUUCCUCUCCUGGGAUAUCAGAACAAUUAGAUAAUUGUGGAUGCAAUGAAUAUUGGCUGCAUUUGUUAGCUAUACAAUGCAGCCCUAGGCAGCCACAUAUAUUAACAAAAUGGAUCCUGCCGACAGCCUCUGUCCAGUUAUCAGAUUUCUGUGCGAUGGUUCCAUACAUAUAUGUUGAGUGACAGACAACAGAGUUUUGGUUUAAGGAAAGGUGAAUGACAUUUUGUUUCAGGAAUUGGAUAACGUUUCGAUUUUGACUGCUUUCUAAUUAAUAAGACAGGAAUGAACACUUCUGCAUUAUUGGACAAGUAGCUUUCCUUCUAUAAUUUGCUACACUAUUGAAUGAGGGGAUAUUAUUGUAGUUCCAGCAAUAUGAUGAUAAAUCUGGUAUACUUUUUAAAAAGCAGCCUAGCCUAGUGUAGAUUUUGCCUGGAAACUUCUGAUAGCCUUUUUCCAUUCAAUGUAGGUGAGGAUGGGGGAAGCAAUGGACCUAAUCCAGUCACUGAAGAAUUAGAUUUAUUUUCUGAAAUCCAAAAUGCAAAAGAAGACUUCGGUAUGCCCCCAAAUAGCACACUAACAGAGGAGCAGCUGCAGAGAAUUGAAAGGAACAGACAAAUAGCCAUGGAAAGAAGACAAGCAAAAACACAGUUCAACAGUCAGUCACAAGAAGGUAAAUUCUAAAGUAUGAAUAGAGACUAUUCAUGGUGAUACUUUGGGAUAAUUGAAUUCAAAAAUCCUGCUAAAAAUCAGCAUCUGGUUCUGUUUUGACAAUUGCAAAUAUAAAAAUUGAGGUUUUCUUUAAAUUUGUUUGUAAAUGAUUUCUUCCCCUUCAAAACAGUUUCCCUCUCAAUAGGUGAGCUGUGGUGUGCACCGUUCAAGGGAAUCACAUCUACAUGGGGGUUAGGUUCCAAAGCCAGUGCAUUAGGCAAAAUUCAUGUAUAGUCCAAUUUACCUUAAAUUACCUCUGGCUUCAAGGCAUCACCGCUUAUCUGAGGAGUCUCCUUUAGUCCCUGUGCUUUUCCUGAGGAGCUGGAUCAGUGGAGGAGGAAGAGGGGCUUUCCAGCCUUCUCCAUGCUUGUUGCUGGCCAGCAGGACUGCCUUUCCUCAAAUGGCGGGGGGGGGGGCAGGCAGAAAGAGAAAAAAGCUGGAACAAAUCUUUAUACAGUUGCAGAUGGGGUUCUAGUAGCAGCUUUUGCAGGAGCUUGCUGCCGAUCAUCUAUAAUUGAAUUUGUGUUGUGUGUGUGAGAGAGAUGCGAUUCCAUUAUACUUUCAGAUUAGCAGGAAGUUCAUGUGAUGACUGGUUUAUUGCUAGUUCUAUAUAUGCACUGCCCUUUUACACUAAAACCUGCCAACUUGACAUAAACAGGGAAAUUAAAUCAAACAGCUGGUCUUUGUCUUCACCUGAACAAGAUUCAGGUUACCUUGUUACUAGGUGGAUGAGCUACCAAGGAUUGCCACAAGAGCGGAAUAGUUAUUAGCAGGAAUUUUUCUUCUUCACCCCCCUUCCUUCAACUUAGUAGUGAGAUUUAUUGUGGUGGAGAUUCACCAAGUGGCCUAAACCACGUUUCUUCAUGAAGGUGUACCACACUAUGACAAAACCAAAGAGAACGAGAGUUUAUGUAGGAACAAAUGUCACAAUUUGUUCUUUCCAUACAUUUGAUGACUGAACUAGAGUGUCUUCGUCUCUAUUACAAUAUUCUGUGGAAAGCUAGCAGCCAGAACAUUCCUCUCCUUGCAUUUUGAAUUCAUGUUUUUCAGUUUUAAAUUUAACUAUUUCCUUCAACUUGACCCCUGCCUUGUGAUAAUUGCUUCAUUUUUCUUACUAAUAAAAGUUUGGUUUAAAGAAAUUGAUUGCUUCUCUCACCUCAUAAAACUUCAAGUUAUUGACUGGGCUAGGGAGUAUGAGCCUAAGCAAUUACAUUAGAGGAAAUGAGUUAAUGCAAGAAUGGUGACAGCCAAUAUUUUUUUGUUUCUAAUAGAACUGCAAGUGACCCAGGCAGAUUAA